AUGGGAAUUAUAAAGGGGAAAGAGGUAUAUCAGGGGAAGGAAGCAAUGGAACAGUGGCCGCCUAUGGAACAGUGGCCGCCUCUUCCUACGAAGGUGAAAACCCCUACUAGUGGGAAUAACAAGCCAGCAGACACUUUGGGGAGUAACAACCAAGCAGAAAUGAGUGAGAAAUCACCAGAUGAGCUGCAAAAAAGUGAGAUAAGAGGAGAUGCACAGAGGAAGUUAGACAUGAAUGCUGAACCAAUAAAGAAGUGGGUCAUUGAAUUGAAGAAAGAAGAAAUUGAUAAAGCAACUACAGAAUGGAAACAAGAUCUUAUCCUCUAUGUGGUUGGGGAAUCUCCAACAAUAGCUGCAAUUGAGAGGUACAUUGCAAUGCAGGUUUCGCAAACAGUUCCAAUAUGGGUGAAGUAUCCCAAUUUGCCGUUGAAUUGCUGGAGCAUGGAUUUGCUAAGUAGAAUUAGUAGUGGAUUAGGGGUUCCAUUGUAUGCUGAUGAAUGCACUACUAAGGUUGAUAGGAUAUCGUUUGCAAGAGUGCUAGUUGAAAUGGAAGUAGCAAGGGAUUUGCCAAAGAAGCUCAAAGUAGAGGACCCGAAUGGGAGAGCAUUUGAACAAGAAGUACAAUAUGAGUGGAUUCCAGAAUAUUGUUCUAAGUGUAUGCAGGUGGGACAUAAGUGUGCUACGAAAGAGGGGACUCGUUACAAAACAGCUCCUAAGGUUGUGAACAAGUGGAUUUCGAAACAGGACAUAAAUAGAGUGGCAGAAGGAACACAAGUAACAAAUGGAGAAAAGGCUAAAGGAAAGAUGAAAGAGAAUAAAGUAGGAAUUAUAGCACUAUUAGAACAUAAAAUAAAGGAGCAUAAGGCAGGAAAAGUUAUACAAAAAAUAGCUCAAGGUUGGAAAUGGGAAGCAAACUAUGAACACACUGAUAAAGGGAGAAUGUGGCUACUGUGGAACCCUCAAGUGAUUGAAUGUGUGAUUUUGAGCAAAUCAGAUCAGUAUAUACAGAGCAGGGUGAUAGUGAAAAGGACUAGCAUGGUAUUUUGUUUGGUGGCCAUUUAUAGAUUACACACAAUUCAUGAUAGGCUACAACUAUGGGAAGAGUUGGGAAUGAUGGUAUCCAGUACACAAGAAUCAUUGAUAUGUAUGGGGGACUUUAAUAUAGUGUUAACGGGGCUAGAAAGAAUACAUGGCAAUCCAGUUCAAGAGAUGGAAAUAAAGGACUUCAAUGAUUUCAUGGUUGAUGUUGGUAUGACAGAACGGAAGGCAAUAGGAAGAGGGUAUACCUGGUCAAAUAGGUGUAUAUGUAGUAAAAUUGAUCGUGCAGUGGUGAAUGCUGAGUGGAUGUUAAUUAUGCGAUAG